CCCGCCGGCGCGGCCCGCGGCAGAGACCGGGAGAUGCAGAGAGCGGCAGCGCUGGGGCGCAGCCAGGCGGCCGGGCGGGCGUGGGCCAGAGGCUGAGCCGGGCAAGCCGGCCGUGCGCGCAGCUUUGCCCGGCGCCGCUCAGCUUUCUCCCGGGUUCUCGCCGAGACCCUCUCUCCCCUCCCUCCCACACCAAGGUGUCCACCAGUUUCCUCAGGAGACUACAGCGCGUUUUGUUUUUUCUCUCCUAUUUCCCUUGCCUGUGUGCCCUUCUCCAGGAUGGCAGAGGCGGAGCUGCACAAGGAGAGGCUGCAAGCCAUCGCCGAAAAGAGAAAGCGGCAGACAGAAAUAGAAGGCAAACGACAACAGCUUGACGAGCAGAUACUUCUGCUGCAGCAUUCCAAGUCGAAAGUGCUUCGUGAAAAAUGGCUGCUGCAGGGUGUACCCGCCGGAACUGCCGAAGAGGAGGAAGCCAGGAGGCGGCAGUCUGAGGAGGAUGAGUUCCGAGUCAAGCAACUGGAAGAUAACAUUCAGAGGUUGGAGCAGGAAAUACAGACGCUAGAAAGUGAAGAGUCCCAGAUAUCUGCCAAAGAGCAAAUCAUCCUAGAGAAACUCAAGGAGACAGAGAAAUCCUUCAAAGAGCUGCAGAAGAGCUUCUCCAACACGGAUGGAGCUGUGUACGCCAUGGAAAUUAAUGUGGAGACAGACAAACAAACAGGAGAGACCAAGAUUCUCUCUACAUCUACCAUUGGCCCAGAGGGGGUCCAUCAGAGAGGAGUCAAAGUCUAUGAUGAUGGUACCAGAGUAGUGUAUGAGGUGCACUCAGGAGGCACCAUAGUAGAAAAUGGAGUGCACGCGUUAAGUGCAAAGGAAGUUGAAGAGCUUAUUCAGAAGGCUGGACAAUCAAGCUUCAAAGGAGGGCACGUAUCAGAAAGGACUGGGAUGGCUGACGCGGGCCUUGGCCAUCCGAAGGAACACAUGCUCUGCAAGGAAGCCAAGUUAGAAAUGGUCCAGAGGUCUCGCAAAGACAACACUUGUGGGAACCCAGGGCAGCAGGCUCAAGCCCCCAGAGCCGAAGGGCCAGGAGCCAACUUGGAUCAGCCCAUCACCAUGAUUUUUAUGGGCUACCAAAAUAUUGAGGAUGAAGAAGAGACAAAAAAGGUGCUAGGCUACGAUGAAACCAUCAAGGCAGAAUUGGUCCUCAUUGAUGAAGAUGAUGAGAAGUCGUUGCGAGAGAAGACAGUGACGGACGUGUCCACUAUUGACGGGAAUGCAGCAGAGCUCGUGUCUGGCAGGCCGGCCUCAGAUACCACAGAGCCCUCGUCCCCAGAAGGCAAGGAAGAGAGCCUGGCCACAGAGCCAGCCCCAGGAGCCGGAUGGGAGAGUGUCCUGCUAAAGGGAAGUGAAGCAGCCUUGGAUGUCACAGAAUCAUCUGGUCCAGACAUGACGAUCAAGAAGCCUCCCCAGCUUUCCGAGGAUGGCAUCCGGCUAGAAAACGAGAGGGACGACAGUAGUGCCAAAGCCUUGCAGCCUGCUGCCAGCACCCUCCUGCCAGACCACAGCAACAUGGAAAUUGAGGUGUCUGUUGCAGAAUGUAAAGGCGUUGCUGGCGUUACUUCCACUCCCCAUUCUGCAGCUCACCCAUCUCCCUUCUGCUCGCCCCCCCACAAUGGUCUCCUCACCAACCAUCACGAGUCCCUGGAUAACGAUGUGGCCAGAGAGAUCCGCUAUCUAGACGAGGUGCUGGAGGCCAACUGCUGCGAGUCUGCUGUGGAUGGGGCAUACAACGGGACGUCCUCCCCAGAGCCAGGUGCAGCGACCCCGCAGAGCCUCUUCAGUCCCCCAGGCCACGUGGCCAGCCAGCCAGAACCCAUGCAGAGAGCAGCUGGCAGGCAGGUGCCGACACACGCUGCAGACACCAUGGCAGAGGGAGAGAGAGCGAAUGGCCACCACCCUGAGCAGCCCAGAGACUUGCCAGGGGACAGCCCACAGGCCCCUGUGAGCCCCAGCUCCUCCACUGGCUCCCAAGUUGCUCCCCGCAAUGGGGAGCUGACGCUGACCACGCUGAAAAAGGAGGCCAAGUUUGAGUUACGUGCCUUCCACGAGGACAAGAAGCCCUCCAAGCUCUUUGAGGAGGAUGAGCGUGAGAGGGAGCAGUUCUGCGUCCGGAAGGUGCGGCCGUCCGAGGAGAUGCUCGAGCUGGAGAAGGAGAGGCGGGAGCUCAUCCGGAGUCAGGCGGUGAAGAAGAAUCCCGGCAUUGCGGCCAAGUGGUGGAACCCGCCCCAAGAGAAGACCAUUGAGGAGCAGCUGGACGAGGAACAUCUGGAGUCGCACAAGAAGUACAAGGAGCGCAAGGAACGGCAGGCGCAGCAGCAGCAGCAGUUGCAACAGCAGCAGCAGCAACAGCAACAACAGCAACAACAGCAGCAACAGCAGCAGCUGCAAGCCCCAUUGCAGGCCUCCCUGGCCCCCGCCGCCUCCCAGGACCCUUCCGGCCUGUCUGAAAAUACAAAGGACAUCGUCACCGAGCAGAUAGAUUUCUCGGCUGCGCGCAAGCAGUUCCAGCAAAUGGAGAAUUCCCGGCCCACCCUGGCCAAGGGCCAGAGCAACCCCAGGCUGUUCUCCAUCAAGCCUUUUUACAGGCCCCUGGCAUCCCUCCACUCAGAGAGGUCGCUGACCACUGUGAGACCUGUGGCCACCCGGGGUCCUCUGGAGGAUGGUGGUUUAGUAGCCACCAAGGAGCAGAAAUCCCCCAGUGUCCCUGAGAGCCAGCUGGUGGGUGGAAGCCAGGCAGGCACAGCGCCUCAAGGGAAGGAUGGACCCUACAGUGAGCCCUCCAAGCGUGGGCCCUUGUCCAAACUGUGGGCAGAGGACGGUGAGUUCACCAGUGCCCGAGCCGUCCUCACCGUGGUCAAAGACGACGAGCCUGGCAUUUUGGAUCAGUUCUCACGCUCAGUCAAUGUUUCUUUGACCCAAGAAGAGCUCGACUCUGGUUUGGAUGAGUUGUCGGUGCGGUCACAGGACACCACGGUCCUGGAGACGCUGUCCAAUGACUUCAGCAUGGACAACAUCAGUGACAGUGGAGCCUCCAACGAGACAACCAGCGCCCUCCAGGAAAACUCCCUGGCUGAUUUCUCUCUGCCCCAGACCCCGCAGACUGACCCCACCUCCGAGGGCCGAGGUGAAGGGAUCUCCAAGUCUUUUAGCGAUCAUGGGUUCUCCUCCCCUUCUUCCAUGCUGGGGGACUCUCCGUCCGUGGAAGACCCCUUGGAAUACCAGGCCGGCCUGCUGGUGCAAAGUGCCAUUCAGCAUGCCAUCGCUGAGCAGGCAGAGAAGGCGGCGGGCAAAACCAGCCCCGGUGGAGCUGUCCCCCGGGGACCAGAGGUGACCCUGGAGGCAGCUGACAGGGAAGCUUCCAGCUCAGGGAAGCCUCGGGCCAUGUUUGAGCCACCUCAGGUGUCCUCUCCCGUUCAAGAGAAGAGGGAUGUAUUACCAAAGAUCCUGCCUGCAGAAGACAGGGUGCUCAGGGAACCGGGGCCGCCCCAGCCACUGCCCACUGUGCAGCCCAGUGGCCCUGUCAACAUGGAGGAGACCAGGCCCGAAGGCAGCUAUUUCAGCAAGUACUCAGAGGCGGCUGAGCUGCGAAGCACAGCUUCCCUCCUGGCCACACAAGAGUCUGAUGUGAUGGUGGGGCCCUUCAAGCUGAGGUCCCGGAAGCAGCGGACUUUGUCCAUGAUUGAAGAAGAGAUCCGAGCAGCCCAGGAAAGGGAAGAGGAGCUGAAGCGGCAGAGGCAGGUCCUGCAGAGCACACAAAGCCCCAGGGCCAAGAAUGCCCCCUCACUGCCCUCCCGAGCAACCAGCUGCAGAACCGCCCCAGGGAAAAUAGAGAAAGUCAGACCUCCUCCAUCCCCCACAACCGAAGGCCCCAGCCUGCAGCCUGACUUAGCCCCUGAAGAGGCUGCCGGAAGCCAGCGGCCCAAGAAUCUGAUGCAGACCCUCAUGGAAGACUAUGAGACACACAAAUCUAAAAGGCGCGAGAGAAUGGAUGAUAGUAGUGUCCUUGAGGCCACAAGGGUUAACCGAAGAAAGAGUGCUGGCGUUGCGCUGGGAAGCCGGCAUCUAUGCCAACCAGGAGGAAGAAGACAACGAGUGAAUCUCCAGAGUGCUUCUUUGGUACUUGGGAUACCAAGAAACCAAGAAAACAAUGAAUCAAAGCAUUUUAACAGACUAUGGAUUAAAGUGCACACCAACUCAGCAAUCCCAUGUAGACCAGAAGCCGCAAUACACAAUGAUGAAAAAUAAAGCAAAAAGAAAAGUCCACCCAUCACACUCUUGACGCCCAGGAGUGAAAAGAGAAAGGUUAUUUUUGUGACUCAAAGAAUCUACAGUUGAUCCAAAGGGACAAAAACAUGACAGACAAAUCAAGAGCAGGCCAAACCGAGACUGGCCUUGCUGGGUGAUGUGAAUGGACAAGGCCCUAGGGGCGCUCAGCAAGGAUGGGAUCCAGACAGGUGCAGUCUGGGCUGAGCGGCUCUUUCCAUGCACUGGCUUCCCACCCGCUUCUGGGAGCGUCAGGGGUGUUGGGUUAACUCCAUUUUCUCCAGCAGCCAUCUAGUCAAGAGUGUUUCUCUCCAUAUUUGCCCCAAAGAGGCAAUUAUUCCAUUUUGCCUACAUUUAGUUGUUUUUCGUUGGGAAUGACUAAUGGUUACAAUGCAUACAAUCCAUAUUUUAAAAGACACUAUUUCUUCAUCUUGCAAACACAAUCUCUUCUACAUUAGGAGGUUGAGAAGGGGGGAGAAAGCCAAACCAAAUGGAUUGUUCUAGCUUUAGAAUCUUGUCUGCUUAUCAUAAUGACUGAUGUGUAGUUAAUGAAAACUCAUUUUCACAAUUAUGUUUCUUCAUAUGAAAACUAUAUUUAGUGGACAACGUCUAUUUUUACGAUGG